GAACCGCUCAAUGCGCAGACUCCAAAACAGAGUGACGUGGAGAGUCUACUAGCGUCCUCUGCUAAAACUUUCGAAACUAUGACGAUAUUGCAAAUCGUGAGUUACUUGCUGGUUGGUAGUAACCCAAACAUGUAAGGGCUCGCCGGAUGAAGUUGUUCUUUUAAACGAAGUUAUCUUCCUCCAGUAUCAACAAAGACGUAUCAUGAUCUAGCCUUUAGCUGAUAUAACGACAGAGAGAACCUGUGUAUGGAUAACGUCAAGUAAGUCAAGUGUAUUUGUAUCACAGGAUUCCAAAUAUGACACCGGAUGAACAGGAUGCAAAUUGCGGGACCUUUGCUGGAAUUUAAUGAACGGUAACUGUUGCUGAGCUGUUUGUUAGCUUGCUAACAAUUGCUACUAUCAGAAGAGAGGGGAUCAGCAAGCUGUCAAAAUGAGCUCUCUGCUGCGGGGUGAAGAAAUGUGUUUGGCCCAACUGUUCCUUCAGUCUGGAUCAGCAUACGACUGCAUCGGUGAUCUUGGAGAACUGGGCAUUGUCGAGUUCAGAGAUCUUAACCCCAGUGUUAAUGCAUUUCAACGAAAAUACGUCAAUGAAAUCAAAAGAUGUGAAGAGAUGGAGAGGAUCCUUGGCUAUUUGUUGAGAGAAAUCAAGAAAGCUGAUAUUUCAUUGCCAGACGACGAUGUUAAUCCAGUGGCUCCUCUACCGAAACACGUGAUGGGUAUAAUGGAGCAACUGCAGAGGCUGGAAGUUGAGCUCGGCGAGGUCAUGAGGAAUAAAGAGAGAUUACAAAAGAACCUGUUGGAGCUCACAGAGUACACACACAUGCUGCGUAUCACCUGCAACUUUGUGCAGAGAAGCACUGAUAGAGAGCCAUCGCAAGCCGCUUAUGAGGAGUUUCCUUUCCUAGAAAAAGACACAGUGAUGGAUUACAGCAGUAUGCAGAGGCUAGGAGCCAAACUGGGUUUUAUCUCUGGGCUCAUCCAGAGGGCAAAGAUCGAGGCCUUUGAGCGCAUGCUGUGGAGAGUAUGUAAAGGCUUCACCAUUCUCAGCUAUGCCGAAGUUGAGGAGUAUCUCAAAGAUCCUGACACCGGUGAGCCCAUCAGAAGUGUGGUGUUCCUAAUCUCCUACUGGGGAGAACAAAUUGGCCAGAAAGUGAAGAAGAUCUGUGACUGCUACCACUGUCAUGUGUAUCCAUAUCCCAGUAGCAAUGAGGAGAGGAACGAUGUUGUGCAAGGACUAAGUACUCGCAUUCAGGACCUGAACACUGUACUUUAUAGAACGGAAGAUUACCUGAAGCAGGUCCUGAUCAAGGCCUCCGAAUCGGUCUACACUUGGGUCGUGCAGGUCAAGAAGAUGAAAGCCAUCUACUACAUUCUCAAUCAGUGUAGUUUUGAUGUCACCAACAAGUGUCUUAUUGCUGAAGUCUGGUGUCCUGUUGAUCAGCUUCCCACCCUAAGACGAGCACUCGAGGAAGGAUCGAGGAAAAGUGGAUCAACAGUUCCUUCCUUUGUCAAUCGCAUCCCCACCAAUGACACUCCCCCUACUUUGAUAAGGUGCAACAAAUUCACUGUUGGCUUCCAGAACAUUGUGGAUGCCUAUGGAGUGGGCACAUACAGAGAGGUCAAUCCUGCUCCUUUCACAAUCAUUACAUUCCCCUUCCUGUUUGCUGUGAUGUUUGGAGACAUGGGUCAUGGUCUUCUUAUGGCUGCUUUUGCUUUUUGGAUGGUGUUGUGUGAGAACAACCGCAAACUUAAGAACACCAGGAAUGAGAUCUGGAACACCUUUUUUGAGGGUCGAUACAUCAUCCUAAUGAUGGGCCUCUUCUCCGUUUAUACCGGCCUGAUAUACAAUGAUUGCUUCUCUAAAUCCAUUAAUAUCUUUGGUUCUGGAUGGAGCGUCAAAGCCAUGUUUACAGCUAAUGCGUGGAAUGCUCAGGAUGUCAACAGGAAUGGCUUCCUUACUUUGGAUCCAAAUGUAACCGGAGUGUUCAGAGGCCCCUACCCUCUUGGAAUUGACCCAAUUUGGAACCUGGCUUCAAACCGUCUUACGUUUCUGAACUCCUACAAGAUGAAAAUGUCAAUAAUAUUGGGCAUCAUUCACAUGAGCUUUGGGGUGAUCCUCAGCACGUUUAAUCACUUGCACUUCCGGAGGAAGCACAAUUUGUACUUGGUUUUUCUUCCUGAAAUCUUGUUCCUGCUGUGCCUCUUUGGCUACCUGGUGUUCAUGAUACUCUACAAGUGGCUUUUCUUCUCUGCCAAGAACUCCAGACAUGCUCCUAGCAUUCUCAUUCACUUCAUAAACAUGUUCCUCAUGCAAGGUGACUCAAUGCAGCCCCUCUACCCUGGACAGAGCGGCUUGCAGAUAUUUCUGUUAGUCAUCGCUUUGCUGUCAGUGCCUGUCCUAUUCCUAGGAAAACCACUUUACCUCUAUUGGCUCCACAAUGGAAGUCAUCGGCUUAGAUUGUACAGGGGCUAUGAGCGCGUGCGUCGUAGCAGUGAAGAGGAGCUCUUCUCGUUAGGAACUCAUGACAUGGAGGAAGGCAGCAGUCACAGUGAGCUGUCCUCAAGCGGGGAGCAGCACACAGAGAAGUUUGACUUUGCUGAUGAGUUCCUGCACCAGGCCAUCCACAGUAUUGAGUACUGCUUGGGCUGCGUUUCCAAUACAGCCUCUUACCUCAGGCUCUGGGCUCUGAGUCUAGCACAUGCCCAGCUAUCUGAGGUGCUUUGGGCCAUGGUGAUGCGGGUAGGACUACGAAUGGAAUCGACUCUUGGGGUGUUAUUCUUAGUGCCGGUGUUCGGCCUGUUUGCCGUUCUCACCGUGUCCAUCCUGCUGGUGAUGGAAGGCCUGUCUGCUUUCCUCCAUGCCCUUCGACUGCACUGGGUGGAGUUUCAGAAUAAAUUCUACAGUGGAACUGGAGUCAAGUUUUAUCCAUUUUCCUUCGCGCUCCUCCCCUCCAGCUUUGAACAGGAAGGUUUACUGUGAAGUAAAGGACAUACUCUUGUUGGAUUUAAACAGCCAAGAUGUGAUUAUUCCAGUGAUUUCAUUGAAUGAUUUCACCCUCACCCCUCUUAUCAUUUUCCCAAGAGAAUUGAACUUUUAAGAGGACCACAACACUGCCAAUUUGUUCAUUGUACUGUUGUUUUAUCAGUAUGCAGUAUGCACAGUGGCUGUUAUGUUCACUUUAGAGAACAUUUAUUGAUUUCAUUUGCAAUUUAAAUUUUCUUAUUGUGCCAAAAUGUAUUGUUAGUGUCAUGUAUUAGAAAGCACUUCUGUAGUAGAUAGUUGAAGAGGAUUAAAAGUAGAGAAUUGAUGAGCACAGUGUAUGUGCAGAUAAGGCUUGUUAGAUUAGCUAGGAUUUGUUAUUUAUAAAAGCGAAGCAUCUUUGCAUCUCCCACCCACAUUUCGUAUUUGGUCCACAGUAUAAUUUUUUUUAUUUGUAUUUGUUCAGUUCAUCUUUUUUUUUUUUUCUCAGAAGUUUAGGUUUUGGAAUGUUUGAUUUCCAUGCACGUGGUAGAAAGCAAGCCUUCAUUAGAAGUUCAGCCUUUUAUUGCACUGCUUGCCUUAAUACAACCAAAUAACACCAUAGAAGCCUUUACUUAGACUUGUCUUCUCGUUUUCUGAUACCAAAACGCGACAUACGAUGUGAUAUAUAUGUAUAAAUAGAUUUUUUGUUUGUAAAUGAAAAAUGUAAAUCUGAACGAUGUAAAAUGAUGUGUUGAUACUUUUACAGGAUUUUUAAUUUAUUCACAUUUAAAAAUGCUUCACAAUUAAAGAUAAUGCACAGUU